CAUGAUUUAGUUAUGGAUAUGAACCAGAUGAUUUCUAUUCGUGGGCCAGACGUAUAUCAAUCUAGUAUUUAUACAAGCAUUGUGAAAAAGCAAGAAUAUGCACGUAGUUUUAGUAUUGCGAAAA